AUGGUCCAAGAGUUCCAUCGUGAGCCGUACCCCCGGCAAUGGCAUUCAGAGCGGUUUACCAUCGACCCUCCGCCCCCCGAGGAUGGCCGAUACCACGAAUCCCGUGACGCCCGUAGACCUCCGAUUGAUAUUGAGAAGGCUCUGCGUGACCAUUGCAACAUCCCAGCUAAGAAGUUCUUCAUGGUAGCUGUGCUGGAUGACGGGUCCACGGAGGUGUUUGGCAACACGGGGGAGAGACAUCAACCCAACGGUUACAGCAAGUUUUUCAGCUUGAAAAACUUUGUGCGCCAUGUCAAUCACGUCAGUGGUGCACGGCCAGUUGCUACUCCCCUACAUGACGAAUCCGAGUUCAGUCUCGAAGGCGACAGUUACCGACAGUCACUUGGCGGUUAUGGGCCCCGGACGCAAGAUCGUCGCCGACUUGGAGGCGACGUUUUCGACGAGGACAACAGCUACAAAACACGCAAGAGACACCGAGCUGGAAUGGGGGCUGGUUAUCGGAGAGCCGCUAACGAUGACGACGAUGUCGCGAUUGUGGUUACGUCAAAUACGAAGAAGACGCUCAAGGUUGGCGAUCAUAAGGAGGUGUGGAAUCUGUACGAACAACGAUUCAAAAACUGUCAGCAAACGGCCUGCAAGCUCAUCGCCAAGGCUUGGGUCAAGGUUGUCGAGCCUAAAAAGCAGACGAAUCACCCGUACACUGGCCAGGAUGAGAAGGCUCCGGACUGGUGGCCGAAGCCAUGGGGCCCAACAAAGGAAGAGAAAGUCAGGCACAAGGAGCCUGAUCAUCUCUACAAGCGAGAGCGAGUUCAUCUCUUGUGCCACAUCCUUCGAAUGAUUGUAGAGCCACCCGAGAAUCAGCACCCAGCCAUUCGCAAAAUGAACCUGAACGUCCAAAAGCUAGAAGACGCCACCACAGAGGCCAUGUCGGCUUUCUUCUCGGAUAAGGAGAACAAGCUGAACGCGAAGAAGAAGCCAUACCUUGACGAAAUUUUCAAGGUGGCCAAGGCGGAGGAGAGAUACAAAAACGGCGAAAUUGACGCCGACACGCAGGUUUUCGUAAUGUCCGAGGACAAGUUUCCCGAGAACUACCCGUCUGACAACGAAGACAAUGGUUUCGUCAAAGAGGAAGACGAGCACCCCUCCAUCACGUCGAGUGUGUCGCCAUCGAAGACGGGAGCGCCGCACGACCUCCUGCACACGUCCAGCAGCGAUCACAGUCCGGCGGGGCAUAUACACGGAAGCGCUUACAUGAGCGAGAUGCCGAUGCGUAACCAGCAGUACUCGACGCAGAUGCUACCCUCGAACAUACCAUCCGAUCACCAUUUUGUGGAGAGCAACAACAUCCACCCGCCCGGCAUGCCGCUUCAAGAUCUGGUACCGGCAUCUCAUGAUCCUCAUCGACGACCUUCGAUGUACACGUCUCCCACGGAAUAUUCCAACGCUACCUCCGCAGGAAUGUAUACACAGCCGUGGCAAGGAGGAACAGCUGCUCCUGGUGGCAACUCGGUCUACUCUUUCACCCCACAACAGCCGGGGCCGUCACAAGGACACUUUGCCAACCCUAGUGUGCCAAUGGCCCAAAACCAGUACAUACCGUAUGACAACAUGUCGCGCGGUGGUUUUGACUCGGUGUUUAGGCCCGUGAGCGCCAGCCAGACGCCCGUGCCGAACUCUCAGAAUUUUCCAGCCUACCUACCUACCGAUGCACGAGGAAUUUCUGGCCCAGGAGGAAAACCCGAACCGCUUGCACGAGGGCAGAUGCAUUGA